GUGUUGAACAUCCGUGGGUCUUUGUGCAAUGGUGCUGAUGACAUGCUGAGGGACAUUUAAAGGUAAUUUAAAGCUGAUGCGAAAGAAUGUGCUGUGGGUGGAUCUGCUCCAAGAAUGCUGCAGCUUUCCAUCAACACUGCCCACACCUGGCCAAACCUGCAGGAGAACAUGAGGGGUCUGUCGUUUCUCCUUCUCUUCUGCCUCGCCAUCUCUGCAGUUGCUGCACUGAAAUGCUACGUGUGCAGCUCCACUACAACCAAUGAGGACUGUAACCAGAACACACAGACCUGCCAGGCUCCACUGGACACCUGCAUGACCACUGUGGAUAUAUCAGGGAAUAUCAAGGCCAUUGUGAAGCAAUGCGCCAGUGCAGCCACCUGCUCUGGAGCGGCGUCCAGUGCCUCUGUGGACUCCAAUGGCAACGGGAACACAGUGAUGUGCUGCAACACUCAGCUGUGUAACGUCAGCGGGGCGUCCACUGUCAGACUCCACACGCUCUUGCUCGCUCUGCCAGUCUGCGUUCUCUCCGUCUUCCUUCUGAUCGGCGGCUGAUAACUACGGCACCACCACACUGUGCCAAUGGCUGCUGCCUGCCUCUCAAAAACUACUACCUGCUGCACUGCACUUUCAGGAGAAGCCAUCAUCUUUCCUGUGCUCUCACUCUGGAACCUGUAAACAUCUCCCUUAGUGUUAUUUAUGAAACUGAUGUUUUUUCUUGUAACAGCUGUCAAUUUCCAUUAAUAUUUGGGUUAGCAUUCCACAGAAAUUGAAUCUCAGCAGUCGGCCAUUUUUUUUCUCCGUGUGAAUUUGACGUAAUGAAAACUAUGCAUAUGUUUUCUUCUUAUUAUAUUUGUUUGGGUAAAUGACAUAUGUAUGUACUAAAUACAUACAACCACAGAACAUAGCACAUAGAAGUGUUAAUUACUAACUUUGGCUGUUUCCAAUGUAGUUGCACA